UUUUCUCUGUGCUCCUCCCACGCCUUCUUCUGCACCUUAUCCUUUAUUUUUCUCCUCCUCUGGCCAAGACUCUUGACUUGUACACAUAUUGCCUCGCGCUUGCAUUACUGUAAAUCCAAUGUCUGAAGUCCUCCCAACAACGCAGCCCCAGGAUAACCAUCAGCACGAUGGUUACGGCUCAGCGGUGAAGGAGAAUGUCAAAGAACGUCUGGUCUCCUUCAAGUCCGGGUUCCGUCUUGGAGAGAUGAGCGGAGCGCUAGGUGAUCUGGGAACGCUCCUGCCCAUCCUCCUGUCCUUGGCUCUCACGGGCCAAGUCGAUCUGACCGCCAGUUUGAUCUUUGGAGGCGUCUGGAACAUCCUCACCGGCAUCAUGUUUAGGAUCCCCAUGUGUGUUCAGCCCAUGAAAUCUAUCGCCGCGAUCGCAUUGACGAACCACAUGUCUCUGGGUGCGCUCAUGGGCGCCGGCAUGUCCGUCUCGACCGUGAUCUUCGUCCUCGGCGUGACCCGAACCAUCCAUCUCGUCAAAAGGUACACCCCCAUGGCCGUAAUCCGCGGUAUCCAGCUCGGAACCGCCGUCUCCUUUGCAGGCAAGGCCGCCGAUCUUGUGAAACAGGCAAAGACCUUCGGUGGCGAUGGCUGGGACUGGGCCAACAACUACGAAUGGGCUAUCGUUGCCUUCAUCAUCGUCUUCAUGUUCUACUACCGCGCCAAGCGUAUCCCUACCGCCAUGAUCCUCUUCGCGAUCGGACUUAUCAUUGCCUUCAUCAAACUCUACACUAAUCCACCUGCCAAGGCCGUCUACCCCAAGAUCGGCGUCUACACCGUCUCGGUCACGGUUCCGACUGCUGAAGAAUUCAAGCACGGGUUCCUGUCCGCUGGUCUUGGUCAGAUUCCACUCACGGCAUUGAAUUCUGUCAUCGCCCUCGCCGCCCUGGCCCAGGACCUGUUCCCAGAGCGCCCUGCAAGCACACCUACCAUCUCCAUCUCGAUCGGCCUGAUGAACCUAGUCGGCUGCUUCUUUGGCUCCAUGCCCUUCUGCCACGGCUCCGGUGGUCUCGCUGCCCAGUAUCGCUUCGGUGCCCGUACUGAAGUCUCCAUCAUCGUCUUGGGAACCCUCAAAAUCUUCUUUGGUCUCUUCUUUGGCUCCUCGCUCUUAGGCCUGAUCCAAUGCUUCCCGACCGCCAUCUUGGGCGUGAUGCUCUUUGUCAGUGGUAUCGAGCUCGGUGCUGUCGCACGUACCGUCAACGAUGGCGUCGCCAGCGACGUGAAGCGCCAUGCUAAUUUCAUCAUCAUGAUUACGACAGCCGGCAUGCUCGUCGGCUUCAAGAACGAUGGAAUUGGUUUCCUGGGUGGAAUGGUCGUCGCCAUUUGCUUCUACGUCGGAGCGCGUUUUGGUGGAUCCAUGGAUGAGGAUAACACUGGUGUCAUCCCUGAGCAGCAGCAACAGGAGCAGGCGGCUCUUCAGGCCAACUCGACUGCAAGGAACAAUGACGAGUAUGAGGAUCCUUCUAUUCGUAAGGCACCCAUAGUGGAUCCUGAACAAGUUGAGGAGCCAACUCAUCUGGAAGAGACGCGUCCCGCGCGCACGUAAAACGCGGUCUACCUUAUCUAGUGCACAUAUCUUCAUAAUAUACAUUCUUGUCAAUCUUCGGUCGAGUGGAUUUUUUUUUUUU